GUGUAUAUAUAUAUAUUUUUUGUUAUUUUGCUAUGCCAUUACAGGUUCACCUAUAAAACUGGUCGGAGCUGUGGUUGGGACACUCGCUGCUGUAGCCCUUACAUUAUGUAUUUGGGGAUACAAAACAUUUCUGAAAAAAGAGCCUCCCAGACUUUCUCCACUAUUUGGACCGAGAUGUUUGGUGCAUUCAAACAGAGCCACCCUGUCCUGCCAGAUCUCUGGUUACCGCCCAAGACCCAUCCUUAUUUCUAUAUGUUUGAGAACAAAAUGGGAAGAAGUGAUAGAAAUUUACUCCUGGGAUUCUGAGGCCCAAACUGGUUCCGCUGCCCCAGUGGCGCAUCACAGAGAUGAGCAGCGUGUGGUUAUUGUGCCAGAGAGAGAGGGGUUAAUGGGAAAUGGGAAUGUGCAGAAUCUGCCCCCGGUACAGAGGGAGCUGCGAGUGGAAAUGGUUCCUGUAAUAACAACAAGUAAAUAUCAUAUUUCCAACUGUCAGUGCACAAUCCGUAUAACCCCCGACAUAGAGAAAGAUGAUGGGGCAGAACUGACAGUGCGUGUGUAUCACAUUACUCUGAGUGCCCCCAUCUCUGUGUCCCAUCGGCUGGAGGUGAUGGAAGGAAACAUGGCGGCUAAUGAAGAUUACCAGUCUCUGGUCGAGGGUGUUGGUUCUCUGGAUUUCACUGGGGAGGCAGAUCCGUGCAAGCUGCUGCUGACAGGAGACUGUGCAUUCCCGGUGCUGGUGUCGCCCAGACAAGACGUGCUCAUCGCUGCCUCUCGCUAUGGGAAAGGGAAAAUGGUGGUUAUGGCCCAUUGGAGAUAUCUCAACAGGCAUGAGUUUAAGGGCUUUCUGAAUAACACUGUAUGUUGGCUGAGUCCGGAUUCAGAAGCCAACGUUGGGGUACAUAAUACAUUAAAGGCAUUAGCGCGUAUUCUUUCUGAAUCUGGGUACAAAGUCCAUACCACUUCCACCCUGACCCAGGGCCUGAGUGUGUUCUGCACUGAUGGAUACGAUGACCAACAAGCCGAGGAGAUCAUCUCAUUCGUGCGAGAGGGAGGAGGCCUGCUGAUUGGGGCUCAGGCUUGGGACUGGGCCAACAACCAUAAAGAGGAUAAUGUCCUGCACCAUUUCCCAGGGAACAAAAUCGUAUCUGUUUGUGGGGUGCACUUCACCAGUGACUACGGAGAGAAAGGAGAUUUCUGUGUGACUAAAAAUAUGCCUCAGGCUCCAAUUAAUUCAAAUUAUAACUUCUCAGCUGAGCAGAAGUCCCUUCUGAAUGGAGUUUCUCAGUUGGACAUCAGUGGGCCAAGUGUCCCUUCAGAUCUUCUCUUGCAUGGAGCUUUGUCCUUCCCAGUUGGGCUGAGUGAAGGCAACCAAUGUUUUGUUGGCGCUGUGUAUUAUGGGAAAGGGCGUGUGGUUGUAGUCACACAUGAAAGUUACCUCACCAAACCAGAGCUGAAACAAUUGAUCCUUAAUGCCAUAUCUUGGCUGGACAUCGGCCACCAGAGAAGAAUUGCUGUUCAUGACAAUCUGAGAAACUUUGCUAAGGUUUUGCAGAAGGAAAACAUCCCCUGUAUCAAGGUAUCAGGUAUAGUCCCCAAGCUCAGUGUCUACUGCUGUGAUUCCUACCGUGAUACUGAAGCAAAGGGAAUCCAUCAGUUUGUUGCAGAGGGGGGAGGACUUCUUAUUGCUGGCCAUGCCUGGUGGUGGUCCUAUCAGAAUCCUACCUUAGAUGCCCUUACCCACUACCCUGGUAACAAAAUACUGAACCAGUUUGGCAUUAGCAUUCUGGCUAGCACUGUCCCUCGGGGCAUCUAUAGGGCAAUUGUGCCAGGUGAAGCCACUGAACAGUAUCACUUCCUCAGAGCCCUCCGUCAGUUAGAGGCUGAGCUGCAGAAGGUUACAGAACUGCCCCCUCCCUUUUGCACCCGGGUAACUAAGCUCAUGAGAGAUGUCACCGCUUUUCUGAGACUCCCAGCCAGUCCUAUCAUCCGCUCCAUUCAGAGCCAGUUGGUAGAAAUGAUAAAGACGUAUAUACCCAAUGCCAGUGAGAUGUGGCCCAUAAGUAACUGCUCCAAGGAAGAUUUGCUCCUGCGUUUGGCCCAUGAAUCCUAUAAUGUGACCCACGUGUGUGAUGAAUCCAAUAUCCUGGAGACGGAACCUUCAAUCACUGUUAAUAUCGAUGCCACAAACCCAGGGGGCGACGCCUGGAGAAGCACCGGCCUGUACUUGGCUCCCAGAAAGGCAGCAGUUCUUGAGUUCCCGGUCUCGGUGGUGCAGCAAGGCUUCUGGGUGCAGGUCGGCUGUCAGACAGAUGAUCUGAGUGAUAAAGAAAAGCUUCAUCGAGCUCCAGUCGUUGUUCGAAAAAUCCACGUUGAUUGCCAGAAAGUCGCAGUGUCCAGUUUGUGGGGGGGCCUCCUGUACAUCAUUGUGAGAGCCGACAGCAAGUUGGGUCCCAUCCCUGUCAGGGUGUAUGGGGCAGAACCAGCCCCGGUCUAUAUAAAAGGCCAAACCAGCCCUGAUUCCUGGUUACAUUCAGUGCGCAAGUUGCCGGCCCCUUGGGCCGAGCUGGUUACAGAGAACAUUAUCCUGACGGUACCAUCAGAUGCUGUUCGCUCACUAACGGAUCCAGAAUCCCUGCUCUCUUAUUGGGACAGGAUAAUGGGGGCAAUUGCUGAGCUUGCAGCCAUAGAGACAUUUCCACGGCCUGAGCGCUUUGUUGCAGAUGUGCAGAUCUCAGCGGGAUGGAUGCACGCUGGGUAUCCCAUUAUGUGCCACGUGGAAUCUGUUAGAGAACUGACUGAUCUGGCCCAUAUGCAAACAGAGGGAAUGUGGGGCCCAAUCCAUGAACUUGGACGGAACCAACAGAGAAAGGAGUGGGGGUUCCCACCUCACACCACGGAAGCCACGUGUAACCUCUGGUCUGUGUAUGUGCAUGAAACAGCCCUGGGGAUCCGGCGGGAUCAAGCCCACCCCGACCUUCAACCAGAUGCCAGGAGAUCCCGUAUCAAAGCUUAUUUGCAGGGUGGGUUGAAGUUAAAGAAUUGGGAUUCAUGGACAGAACUGGAGACCUACCUACAGCUACAAGAAGGUUUCGGCUGGAAACCAUUUAAGAGCCUAUUCGGACAGUACCAGGACUUCUCCAGUAUCAGUGAUAAGAACAAAUCUAAGAUGAACCUGUGGGCAGAGGAGUUCUCUUGGGCUGUGGAAACCAAUCUGGUUCCAUUCUUUGAGGCCUGGGGUUGGCCCAUUGACCCAGAAACUCGCAGCAGUGUCUCUGCAUUCCCCGUAUGGGAGUCGGAUCCCAUGAAGCCGUAUCUUACGGCACAGAAACCUUAAGGCAAACAGAUCUGCUUCAUCCGGUACCAGUUACUGUGUUACUAUUACAGAGAAACAAAGAUAUUGCUUUAAAGCUAUAAUUCCAGAUAACAGAUCCCAUACCUGUAUUGUGUGAAAUACUAUUAUAUGCUUCUAGAAAGAAAUAUGCAGAGUAAAGUAAUGUUUUAAUCCAACAGAUUCCCUGUCAGUGAUCCCUGAGCUGCAGCCAAUCAGCCUUUGCCAGACAGGGGCCCCAGGCAGCAGCAGCCAAUAGGAAGCAACAACAGAUGAGUGAUGGAUUAGGGAUGGGGAUUAAGCAGUUUGUAGUGUGAGAUUAAAUGCUUUGCUAUUGUGUCAGUUCCCUGCUCCUGUUAGGGAUUCCCAUAAAGGGGAACUUAAACCUUUAUAGUAGAAACUUACCAAGUUACAAAGUUAUUCCCCAUGCAGCGGCCCCUCAGCUCCGGAUGGGACGGUUUCAUGAAGAUCAUAGAAAUGUAGUGAAAAAGCAAAGGCUUUUAUUUAUAUUGACAUUUCUGGCCUUUUGUGCUUCAAUGGCCCCACAAUAGGCUUGUCCCCCAGCAACAAUCUCAUAAGGAAUGAACAGCGAAUGUGGGGUCCCCACACGGAAUUCCCACUGUGGGACCCUCGGGCUCUUGGGCCGGCAGAGCUCUGUACUGUCUGUACUUGGUCAGACCAAUGGCAAAGACGUAAUUUGGAGAAUCUGAAUCCUAUGAAAGUGAAUUGGGAGCUGUAUGAGACACAGAAUAACUCCGGCCCCUCUGUGUUCAUUUAUACAUAGAAACGAGAGGCUCCUCCCGUGGGAUUCCUUGCCCAAGAGCUCACAGUCUGCCCUAUAGUUCCUGGGAUUGACUUUAUAUUUCCUAUUCAGCUCUAUUCAUUGCCGUUAUUGUCUUGUUAACUCUUUCAUGCAAUGAUUUCUGCAGAUGUAACAUUAACAGCACAAUAUGGCUGCUGUGUGUAUGUAUAGCUGUAUCCACUGCUACUGGUAUGUGCAUAUACAUUAAUCAGUAAAUACAUUCAUUAUAUUCAGGAUUCAAAAUACACAAGAGGGAAUAGGUCUCUACCCCCCAGAGCUAACAAUCUAAGUGGGUGGGAAAUGUGCAGAACCAAAUAAAGGGGAAAUAAAUGAGCAAAGAGGUAGGUGCUGUUUGGAUGCACCAAUAACCCCCCUCAGAUCCUUCUGCUCUUCAAGUCUUCACAGUCUCAGCUGCAAACACCCAUGGGUGCUCUCCCUCCCCAACAUCAUGGGAGCUGCAUGGGGGACACAAAGGUUUCCCUAUGGAACAGGAUUAAAGGGAACAUUAAACUGAUACAGAAUCACGUUUACUAAAUAAUCACUAGUGAUCACAUAGAGCUACAGACCUUUAUACUCUUUGGGGUUUUUGUGAGUCUCCCAUAUACCCCUAUGGGAAUUAUGGGUAAGGGAUAUAACAGGGCAAGUCACAGUUGGUCGGGGGCAUUAGGUGCGGCCCAAAAGCCCCGAUUCAGAGAGGAAGAAUCCUUGUCCGUUUCCAGUGAGAUUGUUACCUCCAUAAUAAAUUGUGGUCUUUAAA